AGUCGAACUUCAUAGAGAAAAAACAUAGUAAACUUUAGUGAUGACUUAAAAAUUUUUUAAUGUAGGAUAAGUUAAUUAAUGAUUUGUGUGAUAAUAUUUUUAUUAAAAUGUUAAAAAUGUCGUGAAUCCAUGUCACAUUGACCUCUGUAAAAAUGAAAUGGCGGUUGAUUUCAACUGUAUUAUUUAUUACUCUUUUAGUGGUAAAAUCUUCCGCCCAAGAUCCUUAUUCAGUUCUUGGCGUGUCAAGAUCAGCAUCUAUAAGUGCUAUAAAAAAUGCUUAUCGUACUCUAGUUAAAAAAUGGCAUCCAGAUAAGAAUACCAAUCCUGAAGCAACUUCUAAAUUUAUUGAAAUUACUAAAGCUUAUGAAACGUUAAUGAACAAAGAAAAUCAGAACAAUAAUGUUUUCUCAACUAAUAGUUACACAAGUAGUUUUAAUCAAUUUUUUGACUUUGACAUGGAUAACUUUUUUGAUAGCAUGCACCAACAGCAAAAUUUUGAAUUUUUUCGUAAAUUACAAAUUAACUUAGAUGAUUUUAAUAAAUUAAUGGUGACCAAAAAGAGUAAAAAACUUACUUUAAUACUUUUUUACUCAGAAUUUUCUUUAGCUUUCCUUAAAACACAGUCAGUGUUUAAAAAAUCAAUUGAAGACUUAACAGCAAUUGGUGUAGAUUUUAAAACGAUGAACAAAGAUAUGGAACCAUCAGCUUUUUGGAGAGCUAAAGGAGUUUUUGUUCCACACUUAGUAUCUAUUAUUGAUUCAAAUCUUUUGGUUUGUCAAGAUUCGCUACUAAGUGGUGAUAAUAUUAUAAAUUUUGCUCGUAAAAGUUUGCCGGACGAUCUUAUUCCAGAGUUCAAUGAUAGAAAUUUAGAUAAAUUUUUAAAUGCUUGGUCAUCUGAUAACCGUGUACGGGCGUUAGUCAUGCAACCAAACUCACCUCUUAGAUUACGUUAUGCUUUGAUUGCACUAGAAUAUAGAAAUCAUAUUAAUUUUGGUUUUGUAAACAUUGGACGUUCAGAAUGCCAUUUGAUACGUGACCGGUAUAAAGUACCUUAUGAUAAAGACACUUUAUUGAUAUUAAAAGAAAACAUUAUACAGCCUGUUGCACAUCUGUCAAUGCCUAAAAUACCUGUAGUUGGUUUACGUAAUCUGAUAGAAAGCAAUAAAUAUUUGACUUUGCCUAGACUUUCAUCCCAAGAUGUAUUUGACACUCUUUGUCCUAUUGGUGAAAAACGUUUUUGUCUUGUAUUGGUGUCUCAUAAUUCUCCUAGUCAUGAAGCUCAUCGACAAUCAAUUAGACGUUUCGCCAUAGAAUCUAAAACAAUUUAUCCUGAUGAUCAAUUAGCAUUUAUGUAUGUAUUUAGAGAAAGACAACCUCAUUUUAUCAAUUCAUUAAUACAAGGUGGAGAGAGUCCUAGUGAACCACUUCUACACAUUGUUUUAUUGACUAGAGUGAAUAAAAUUAUGGUUAAUUAUAAAUGGUUAUUAGGAGAUAAAUAUAAUGACUGGGCAAAUUAUGAGCUUACUAAAGAGAGAUUAACAAGAGAGUUAAAUGCAUUACUUGAUAGUGCAUCAACUCUAAAAAAUGAAGUGCACAUCGGGGUUGUAUUGGAUGAACAUGGUCAAAGUUUGUUGAUGCGAAUAGCGGCUAGAGCUAAAUUGCAUAUCAUCUCAAUAUUUUAUGGUACUAUUGAUGGUAUUAUAAAUCAUGGAUUCUUCUAUAUGUAUAUGGUUUUACUGAUGAUUGGAUUGAUGACUCUUUUCUACUAUAUGUAUACAUUAGUUGAAAAAGAAAUGAAAGAAAUUGAUGGAAAAAUGGGCAACCAAUCAAAAUCGAAAGUUAGUCAAGUUCCUAAGCAACGUGAACUUAAACUUCAUGAGUUGAGAGCUGAAACAUAUAAUGGUUUAGUGCGUUUAAUCAAACCAGGAUGUCGAACAAUUAUUCUUUUAAUAGAUAACAAUAGUGCUGUUGUUUUAGUACGACAGUUUUAUAACAUUGUGUGGCCUUACAGGAAAAAUAAAUCAUUAAUGUUUGGUUAUUUAAAUUUGGAUCGCAUUCCAUCCAAAGAAUGGUAUCGUGAGUUGCUAUCUUUAAGUUUUGUUGACACAGACAAAAGAAUCCAUAUAAAUACUAAAAACUGUGUUGGCACUGUGCUCUCAUUGUGUUCUUUAAAGAAAUAUUUCUGCAUGUAUCAUGCAAAACAUCCUGAAUCUUCUCGGCAUAAAAAUGACAAGUGGAGAAGAGUAGGCACGAAACCUCCAAAAAAUGGGGAAGAGUUUUGGGGUUUUGAUGAACAGUCUGAAGAAGAAUCUCUAAGUUAUGAUGAAGAUGAGGAAAGUACUGUAGGGUUUAAACCAAUUUUAAAGGAUAAAGAAGAGGAUAUACGUAUUGAAAAUUUACUUGAUGGAUUACCCAUGUGGCUUGACAGACUUUUUGAAGGCAGUACAACAAGGUAUCAAAUUAAUUAUUGGCCAGAUUUUAGAGUUUGGUAACUGAGUUCAUCUUUAUACAGAAUAUCGUAUUACAACUUUAAAAUUAUUGAAUCUAAUAUAAUCUAAUUAAUCUAGUCCAAGAAAGUUUUGCAUUCAUUGUAACACUGUGUUCACAGUGGGUUUUAUAGCUUAUUUAAGUAUAUUUUGAUUUUAAGCUUACUAUGGUUGUUCUACUUUAUUUUUUUUCCUAUGUAAUAUACUUGUGGUUUUUCAUUA